AUGAAGAAUAUUGACCUCCAGGAUGGACAAAGCGGGCAAGUGGUAACAUCCUUCCUACCAAGAUCCCACAAUAAGGACCAGACACUACCGGACAACGUUCCUGCGGUAGAGGAUGUGACCAUCACAGAUCAGUUAUUUGGUGCUAAACGGGGUCUGAGAGUGAUUGUGAUCGGGGCUGGCGCAUCUGGGCUCAAUUUCUUCAAGAGGGCCGAAGAGCAGGCAGAAAACCUGGAUAUCGUGUGCUACGAAAAGAAUGCCGAUAUUGGGGGCACUUGGCUCGAGAACCGUUAUCCCGGUUGUGCUUUCUACCAGUUCCCGUGGAGACCUGCUCGCUGGUCGCAAUUCUGGUCCCAUUCAGAGGAGAUUUGGAGUUAUCUCAAAUUGGUAGAACAAGAGAACCGAUUCGUCGAAAAGUACGUCAAACUACAGCACCAGGUUGAGGCGUUGUCGUGGAGUGAUAAGAACGCGAAAUGGAAAGUCAGCGUUCACGAUGCUCAACGUGAUCUCCGAUUUGAAGACCAUGCUGAUGUGGUAAUCAACUGCACUGGAGUGUUAAGUAACUGGAAAUGGCCCGCUAUCCCAGGCCUGCAGACGUUUCGGGGAACUCUCCUCCAUUCUGCGGCCUGGGACUCUUCGAUCAGCCUGAAAGGGAAGCGCGUCGCUCUCGUUGGUGCUGGUAGCAGCGCCGUGCAGAUCUUACCGAGCAUCUACGAAGACGUUGACAAAGUCUACACAUGGGUUCGUAGCAAAAUCUGGAUUACCGGAAAUUUCAGCCAGACUUUUACGCGAGCCGACGGGUCUAACUAUCAGUAUACGGAAGAACAGCAGGAAAUCUUUAAUGAUUCUAGUCACGACGAAUAUCUGGCGUACCGCAAGAUGGUCGAGGAGCCAUUUAACCGGCGCUUCGAGUUCAUUAUCAAUGGCAGCGAGGCGCAGCAAAAUACGUUUGAUUAUUGCAACGAACACAUGAGGUCCAGCCUCCAAACAAGAUCUGACCUCAUUGAGAAGAUUGUGCCUACCGACUUUUAUGUUGGUUGCAGAAGACCCACCCCCGGCUAUGGAUAUCUUCAAAGCCUUUGCGCGUCGAAAACCACCACGUAUACAGACAGCUUAAAGACCAUCACCGAAAAAGGUUUCAUUGACCCCGAAGGCAAUGAGCAAGAAGUUGACGUUAUCAUCUGUGCUACCGGAUUCGACACAUCCUUCAAACCCCGGAUCCCACUUCUCGUCAAUGGGGUCGACAUGCGCCAGAAAUGGGCCCAAGACCAGCAUCCGCCCUCAUACCUCAGUGUUGCCUUGGGAGGGGUGCCGAACUAUCUGACAUCUGGGGGUGCAUACUUCCCUGUCGCCCACGGAUCAUUCUUUCCUCUCAUCGACUCUUUCUGCAACUAUGCCCUCAAGCUCACUGAGAAAAUACAGGUUGACAACAUUGCAUGGGUGGCACCCAAUGAAAUGAAGACGAAGCAAUUUCUGCGGUACGCUAACACCUUCCUUAAGCGAACGGCCUGGAAUGGGCCUUGCUCGUCAUGGUUUAAAGGUGGGACUGUGGACGGUCAACCGGCGCUGUACCCCGGAUCACGGCUGAGCUUCAUGAAGCUCAUAGAGAAUGUCCGGUUCGAGGACUACGACAUCGAGUACCUUGAUCGAGAGAAUCCUUUCGCUUUUCUAGGAAAGGGAAAGCAUGUGUGUGAGGAAGAUGGCAGCGAUGUCACGUGGUAUUUAGGGUCGACUAGCGACCAGACCUUGAAAGAUACCCUGCGAGAGCGGAUGACGGCGCCAAAGUCGGCGUGA